AUGUCGGACAGGACACUGAUGGGUCCAUAUGGAAUAGACCGAACAGUGCACAAUCUGGAGUUUACAGAUUGCGAGAAUGGGCUGGGAAUUAAAGUUAUAGGUGGCAUAAAGGCGCUCACUGGAGAGGAGUAUGGGGUAUAUGUGAAAAGAAUUUUACCCGGUGGCCUUGCGUCAAUUGAUGGACAUCUGCAACCUGGUGACCAGAUUUUGGAAGUGAAUGGGGAAGGUUUAAUAGGAGUCACAAGUGAAAGAGCUGUGGAAAUUCUUAGAGCAGCAUCCUCUACCAACCACAUGCACCUUCUGAUAGCUAGAGAUGAAGAAGCCAGGAAGGAGUUUGCUGAGCUUCUGGAGAAGUAUGGCUCCAGUGGAAGCAUUGGCUCUAUGCGGAAUUCCCCAGUCCAGCAUGGCAGGUACAUGGACAGCACUUCAUCUGGGUCAUCGUCCCGGUCACAGAGCCCACUGCUGCUUAGCCCUGCUGGUUCUCAGUGCACCUACAGCAGCACAGGACCUUUACUGCGGUCUCUAAGCCACCCGGGGGAAGGAGUCAUUCAGCUUAUCACGGUUGCUCAAUCCUGCAGCCUUGGCAUCACAAUUGGAGGGGGCUCUAACCGUCCUGAUGGGCCAGCUGUCUUCAUCCAGGAGGUCCUCUCAGGGGGUGACUGCCACAGGGACGGCCGACUGAGACCAGGAGAUCAACUCAUUGCUAUCAACAAGGAAUCUCUGAUUGGAGUUACUCAUGAAGAAGCCAAAGCCAUUGUCAACAAUGCCAAAUUCAGCCAAGAACCUUCAAUGGAUAUUGCUUUCAUCCCUGGAAGAGGCCCAUUUAUGAGUGGAAUCAUGUUACAGAAUGGAGUCCAAAGGGCUGUAGGAAAUGGACAUAAUGCCUGUAGGCUAAAAAUACAUGUAAAAUCCUCAGAGAACCAACAAGAGGAUCCCAUGCCAGUGCUUUCAUCGUCUCUUGACGUGUGCCCCCCUGACACUUAUGAAUCAGGUAGUUCAGCCCAGGGGACGACUACAGCUACCAAACCCAAGAUCACUUUGGAUCCACACAUUCGCCUCAAGUCAGAAAAACUGGACUUGGCCAUUGCAUAUCUGGGGCUGGAGCUUACGGAAGAGAACAAGAGGAAGUUGAGACGGACCCUGACGACAGACUCCCAGGGAACAGUGUCCUAUGGAGAGUUUGAAGAAGCCACCCGAGAUAUAUUUCAAGACAAACUGGAUGAAGCGGGACUAGCAGAAGGACCUUUCAUGUUCUCCUAUCAUGAAGCAGCCAGCUUGAUGGACACAUCUGCCUUCCACUCUCCUACAUACGAGUUGGAGCACAGCUACACCACAGAGGAGCUGGAGCAGUAUCACAUGGACACUGUGCAGAUGCAGCACCAGAUGAAGCAAUUAACGAUGUUAUUGAAGGACAUGGAAGACAGCAAGAAAGCUCUAGAAGAAGAGUUUCAGAAGACUACAGAGAAGGCCAAAGCAACAUUUGCUGAAAACCGGACACUAAAGAACAGACUCCAGGAGGCAGAGACAGUGCAACAGGAAACAUGUGGUGCUGAGCAGGACUAUGAAGAGGUUAUCCAGCUGCUGGAGGCUGAGAUCAGGGAUCUGAAGAAUGAGCUGGCCACUUGGAAGCAGGCCAAGAGCUUGGAGCCCACCAAGGAGGAUGUCAUGGAACUGAGCAGAAGGCUGGCUGUGAUUGACUGCCAGUUGCGGAAGUCCGAACUCAGCAGAAAACAUUUGGAAAUUUCCAACAAAAAACUGCUGGGAUUUGCCCAGAAUGUUCACAAAGUGUUAACAUGUACCAGUUUAUUUGGGACAGACUCUGGAAGCACUAGGAUGACGCCAGGUGAAGACAGCCCUGAUUUCCUGUCUCCUAUCCUGGACCCAGCUGCCCAGUUAGCUGCUGAAGCAAAGGAACUAGUGGAAGGAGUGAGGACCCUCAACAUCAAAGACUGUGAGUGUAAGAUGGCAAAGGACAAAUGA